AGGGAUGUUUCAUGAACAAUGUUAUUUCCGCAUCGUGAGAGAAGGACCUGCCAAAAGCUUCUCCUGUCAGCAGACACUGACAGGAACUGAUCUGCUGAAGAUGACGCAUCAGAGAUCACCUGCUGAGGUUAAAGUGACAUGUUUUUACCUUUCAACAUCUUCAUCACCAGAGAGUAACACAUCCUCCAUCAUCAUUCGAAAGACAGACUCAGUCACACUGAACUGUCAGACUCCAUCGUCUGUUUCUGUGUCUCAGUGUUAUUUCUACACUGUAAAUGGAGGAAAUGUCAGAGGCUUCUCUUGUCAGCAGACACUGACAGGAACAUAUCUGCUGAAGAUGACAAGUCAGAGUUCACCUGCUGAGGUUAAAGUGAAAUGUUAUUACACUGUAAAGCUUGGAGAGUUCAAUCCUCCAUCUCCACACAGUGACACGUCCUCCAUCAUCAUACACACAGGUGGAAAACCACAGAUGAGUGUUCAGCAUUUUCAUGGUGACCACGUCCUCUUCACUUGCUAUCUGCCUGGAUCUGCUAAUCAUGAUACGAGAUGUAACCUGUACUUUGGAGAAACAAAUGAUCCAGUUGUAACAACAACUGUCUGGAAGCAAAGAAGCUCAACCAAUCAGUGGUUCUGCCAGUUUACUGUCACAAUUGAUCAUUUGCUGAAUCGAAUACGUCUGGUUAAACAAAGAAAAGCCAGCUGUGAUUACAGUUUGGGAAGUGAACCCAAGGCUUUGUCUCCUCAUAGUGAUGGAUACAGCUUGACUGAUAUUUUGGAAAUCGAAUCAGGUGCGACCCAGAGAACGCCGACAUUUACUGUGACCACAGAGCUGACUUCCACUACUGCAGUUCAUGUGGAAACUACAUCAGUUACUGGUCUAACUCUUACGGCUGCAGGUAGUUUGACCUCUGCUGACACAACUCUUAUCAGUCCAGCAUCUGAGGAUGAAAUAACAGAGAAGAUGGUAUCGAUGAUCGGAGCAGGUGUGACUGUGGGUGUCGUGUUUCUUGUAUUGGCACUUCUCUUUGCUCAAAGCAGGACUGAAACAUGUGUGUCCAAGAGUUUCUUUACAUCAAAUCCAAACUUCACUGGCAAAUCAAAAGAUGACAGGAACUAUAUGGUUGAUUAUGAUGAAACCUACAGUACCGUCACCUAUGAAUGGUGAGCUGCUCUCCUCUUCCUGAGUUUAGUGUAAGGAUCUUACACAGGCUGAUUCACCACUUGGUGGUGCAAGUUCUGCUAAAAUGCUUCAAAGUCAGCAGCAUUUGAUUUGAUUACAGGUGCAAUCAUGAAAAUGUGUGAAUUCUCUGACAAUAAAGGUGUUUCUGUGACAUGUGAGGAAAAUUAAACAUGUGCAACUGUACCAUCUUGAUGAAUACAGAAUGCUGGCAAACAAUGUCACUGAGGGAAGUCGAGUCAUGUAUGUUUCUUUCUGUUCAUAGAGUGACAACAGCAGCACCGCAGAGGAUGCAGCUACAUCAGCCCUCAGAGACAAAGUGUUCAGCGCUCCAAAGUCAAUUUGAAACACAAACAUCGUUUUUCUUGCAUCUUUAUCGCUUUGCUUUCUUAUGUUCAAGUUGUUUAUAGUUGCCUGUUUUGGACUGCCUUUCCAGGAUUUGACCUUUGCUUGCCUCAUCAUUCUGUGAGACCUUUGUGCUUUUGGAUUGUUGCAUGAAUAAAUUACUUGAACUGCA